AUGACAACAGAAGGAGAGAAGCUCUUGCUCAAGCCAAACCUUCCAAGAACGCGAGACAUGAACUUCGUUGGUCGAUUUCAUCAAAAUUACGGCUUUGAAGAAGGUCUUUUUGAGUAUCUUUUAGCGCAGAAGGAAAUCUGGGGAAACAAGCUCUUCUUCGUUGAUGAGAAUCAGUUCAGGGCUGUUGCUAAUGAGAGAAGGCAUUUGACUAGAGACCUUGUUGUGGUUGAAAAAUCUAGCUUGAUGUUUGCAGAGGUGGAGGGUUCAGAGAUCCUGGAGAAUGCGUUCAAAUCUCAGUUUGGAUCUGAGCCAAAGGAAGUCAUUAUAGCAGCUGGCGGCAAUGAGAGUAGAGAGAUUCUUGAAGCUGGUAACAGUUUAAACAUGAGUACGAAAACGAAGAGGAAUUCAAGUAUCUUGAAUGUCGGAGGUAUCAUCACUGCCUUGAAAUGGCUUCCAUAUGGACCUUUUCUAGCGAUUGCUGUAGCUUACCAUGAGGGUGGUCUUUCAAAUGCUGUGAAAAGCCCGUCUUUACUGGUUUUUUCAGGCGGGAGCAAUGCGACCGAAAUCAAGUCUUGCAUUCAGUUGUAUAAAUACGAUCUGACGGCUACGUCCUUGACCCUAGAAAGGGUCCUAAUAACUUCAUCGUUCGGGGCUGCAUCAAGCAUCAACUGGCUUCCAUUUAAGGUCAAAGAAGAUGGAACCUGUGUGCUUUCUGCCUUGUUCACUGAUGGGAGAGUACAUUUCUUCCGCAUUGGUUCCUCGCUGCCUGAAUCAAAGUAUAUCGAUGUAAAGUCUUCUUCAUGGACUAUUUCUUUAAAGGAUGAGAGAAGUGACAGCUCAUUACCCAUCACCGCCUACGAUAUCUUUGAUGAAAGCAAAGUUAUUGUGGGCACAAUUGAUGGUGCCAUUGCUGAAUUUGUUCUACCUGGUUUUGAUGAUCACCCCGAGAUUCCCUCCUUUGUUAAUUACGUUGCUGAUUCAGCCAUAAACACCAUCACGGUUGGCCGAGUCUUCAAUGGUCACGUACUUCUAGUCAACACCGCCACAACUAGGUCAUUUGCGAUCUUAUACGAAAACCUUCGACAGAGCAGAGUUGAAGUCGCCUACACCGUGCUGGAUUUGCCUCCUCGAUACCACGAAGGUUACCGAAUAUUUAUCUACCCAGACAGUGCGGAGACCAUCGGAUAUUCUUUUGCAAGACAUCCACAACAAAAGCAAAGUUUGCUUCUACAAACAGAACUAAUAUCCAGCUUUCACACUAGUGAGUUUCUCAAUCAUCCUCUUUCUAUUGUUGGAAACGUCGCAGGCGACUUUUAUGUGAUGAACAUAGCCAGGAAAAUUAUUGGAGUUCCUAAAGCACACAAUAGAUUAGUCGUACCGCUCAGGAUCUGGUCAUUCUCCUUAGAAACGGACCGCACUACAUUAAGACUCUCUGGUGACUAUGUCCCAACCACAGCUGACAAGUCGAAUGUUGCAUACUCCUUUACUCCACACGAAAUUGGCAUAUCAGCUUGUGCUUGGAACGAAGAUUUUGAUGGAAGCUCAACCUAUGCCAUGGGCACUUACUCGGGAUUGUUGGUUUUGGAGAGACUAGACCCUGCUUUCAAUUAG